UUUAUAUUUUUAAAGUGUAAAAAAUCUAACACCAAACAAGUCAGAAGUAUAAAUAUGACGAAUUUAAUUAUAUGCCAGUUAAUUGUUCAAGACUUCUGUCCCCACAAUGCGGUUGGUUUGUUGCUGUUGGUUCUUCCUCCUUUUCGUCCAUUUAGUAAUCUCGAUGCCAAAAGUGCGUCACAUAGUUGCUCACGAUGGUUUCCACAACAUCAAGAAGGAAAGUCACUGGAGAAAUUUGCCAGCACGUGGGAGAUCCCACCAUAAGCGGAACCACUCCAAUUAAUAUUAAACAAGGUCGGAUUCGCACGCGAUUAAACCGUUGCAAAAAUCAUUUAUCACUUCUAACAAGAUCUCAGUUCUCGGCGAACAAUGCGAUGCGGAACCUUGUCCAUCUAUAUCUUAUGGAUUAGAUGCAUUACUUUUACUUACAUGCUGAGAAACUUUCUGUUCAUUAAAACUUAUUAGUCAAAUCAAAUUGCCAGCUCAGUGUUCUUAAUAACUAAUGAGUAGAAAUUACUUACCACAAUAAUAUAAGCACUGAACUUUAAAAAUAGUUAUUUAGCAAGUAUUUAAGAAACCCGUUCAUUUAAUAAUGCAUCGUAAAAAUACCUUAACCAAUCAGUUACUUUUCCAUGAAAUCGGGUCUCGGCUAAAAGUAAUUGAAUUGUUGUUUCAAUUUAUCAACGACAGUCAUGGGAUCAAUACUUAGGCAUUUUGAGAUCCUCGUAUUCCUUGUAUUUCUACUUGUUUACGUGGACUCCAAAGGAAACCAAAAUCACACAGAGAACGACAGAGCUCGCCAUCUCCGUCCCCACAACCUCCAUCGAAAUCCAGAUCAGGGUGAUAACUCCGAUACAAACUCGGAGUUAAGUGCCAGGACAGGAGACAACAAAAAAAUUGAGAAAGACUUAAAUCCAAAAAGAGAAAAACGGCACUCAAGGAGUAAAUUUGGGUUAAUAAAAGAAGUUGAGACAGUUGCCAAAAUGAUUCGGACGGCGAAACAACAUCACAGUUUAACUCCAGAACAGAAAGCCAAACUGACUCCACACAUGAAAAAAGUUGUCUUGCAAUUCCGAACCAUUUUCACAGACAUAUUUAAAAAUGAGCCGGACUAUAUGGCCGCCUUGAAUAUGGUAACAAAUGAGGUUCUAAGAAAGGUAAAGGCUAGAACCUUAAACAAAAAACAUCAUCCCUCUUUGCGAACUGAUAAACAUAAAAAAAAAUCGCUUUAAAUGUACUUUUUUCAAAGUUCGCAGAUCAUUAAACUUCCAAUAAUUUAAGAGUUUGAUAAAGAGUUUCUUGAUUUCGUAAUAAAAUUUGUUAAGCUA